CCCUGCACAGCACAUUCAUUACAUACAAGCUAGCUUUGCAGGACUAGGUAGAUAUAAAAUGUAGACAGCGAUCGUCUGCUCCGCACUGCAGUCACUGAUAGCUCAAUCGCAUAGGCAGACAGCAGAGACUCAGCCAGCCACAGUACAGUCAGAGACAUGCAUGGCAAGCAGACCAACCAACACGAAGAUGUGUGGGCACGCCACCGUCCGUCCCCGCACUACCACACACUCACGUGCAGUGCAUCCGAUAUCUGUAUGCCCUCCCGCAGCGCAGCCCACGACAGCCAAACAAACCGGACACAGACGCACAUGACACAGUGCAUUUCUCUGAUCAUUUUUCUCACAUGGCAGCAGCGACCACCUGUCUCAUGUGAUCUCCUUCCACACCACGCUCGUCCUUGUCGAGAUGAUGCACCACCUGAGACCACAAACGACAGACACAGUCGAUUGAUCGGUAUGGGCGAGUGUUCGGUUGCGGGUGUGUGUACCACUAUGUGUUUGGCGAUGUGCGGGUAGCCGGCCGUCAUCGCUACACCGUCCAGGUCGAACUCGCCCUGCUCGAACUUGAGCGUCGCCAGCUUCCCAGCGAGGCCGUGAUCAGCCUCCCUCGGCGGCACGACCACGUGCACGUGCUCGGCUAACCCACUGUCACUGACUACCUGCACACACACAAAAACAGCAUUCGUUGAACACAUGAGAGAGCAGGUGCAUGUGCAUGCGAUGCUCACCUCAGCGAGGGGACCGCCGCCUUUUGUGCUGCCACACGCCACUUGCCGCAGUGCUUCGUGUGGCUCAGGCGGUUCAUCUUCGGGCCGGUACCGGGGUAAAGCCACUGCACAGAUCAAGGCCAUGACAGGACAAGACAAUGCGAUUCGGCGCUCACCACUUCAGGGUCGUCUUAAUUGACUUGCCGAGCCGCCCUUUCCAGCCGAGUGCAGCAGGGGCGGCGGAAGGCAGCGGCAUUCGUCAUGCCCGUCUUCGGCUGCUUUCUUGAACAUCUGCGGCAUCAUCUUGUCUCUUCAACUGGACACGGGCGGCGACAGCGGUGACCUUUGAAUCAGCUUUGGCAGGAAGGGAAAAGUUCCUCUUCAGUGCAAAGUACACGUUGCAAACCUUCCGUGAGAUCAGCUGCAAGUCAGCUGCAAGUCAGCUGUCUGUCUGCUGCUCUUGAAGAGAAAGAACACAGCAGCAACAUUGUUUGACAGCGUUUCCCCUUCCCUCUCAUUCAUUUCCCCUUUCCUCUCCUUCUCACCUACCUACUUGUGCAGCGGCGGCCUCCUCCGCGUGCUGCUGGGUUGGCCGGCGGGCUCCUGUGGACACAUUCACGACAGAAGCAGAGAGAGGCAGUCGGGUACAUACGGUGUGUGUCGUGUAAGUCUGUGUUUGAAGAACAACUUCACUUGGUGGUCUCAGUGUGUUCCCUCGGUCACCUCAGCAGCUUUCGCCGUGUCUUCUCGGGGAUGAGGCUGGCGGCCAGAAAGACGACGCCGCCCAACGCCAGCUCACCAACAAUCAGGGCUGCAUGCUGCACGUUGCUCUCGUACUCAUUCAUCUCCGCGCGCUGGUCUCUGCACAUCCACUCAGAAAUUCUUUCGACUGCUGCUGGUGCUGCGACGCGCUCUGCUCUCUCCUCCAGCACUUCUCAUCUUCG